AUGAAUUACUUUCUCCGUACAAUGCUUCAAAAGCAAUUUCAAUUGUCGAAUCGGCAAACGAAGCUUGUUUAUCGCAAUUUUUUAUCCGCAUCAAAAAAGAAUCCGAAGACAUCAAGAACUACAUUAUGGAAACGCAUAACUGGACAGAUUCGGAACUGCUUCCAUCCCGGUGCAAGCAGUCUAGUACCGAUGGCGUUUCCCCUUGGCAAACAAAUAUCGACAGCAGAAUUGGUGAGGACAAUGUUGCGCUCUGUUUGGCCAAAAGGGAAUUGGAAAAUCCGACGACUCUAUAUGUAUUCCAUGGCUCUCCUUGUUGUGGCGAAGGUGCUGAACGUUUAUGUACCAUUUCUACUGAAGAAUAUAAUUAAUUAUUACAACGAACAAGUACCGAUUAGUCUUCAGCUGUCAGCUGAUAGUUAUAGUAGCAUGUUUGGAAUUGCGGCAUUCUCAGUUAUUAUAACUUAUGGUGCAGCACGUAGUGGUUCAGCUUUAUUUAAUGAACUUCGGAACGCAGUAUUUGCACGUGUUGCACAGUACAGUAUUCGUAACAUUGCACGGCAAAUUUUUCUUCACUUGCAUUCGUUAGAUUUGUCCUUUCAUCUAAGUCGACAAACAGGUGGUAUAUCAAAAGCGAUAGACCGUGGUACUAGGGGUAUGGCAUUCGUACAAAGUGCACUGGUCUUUAAUGUGGUGCCUACAGCAAUUGAAGUAGGCAUGGUUUCAGGAUUGCUGUACGUCAGUUGCGGUCCAUCGUUUACAUUUGCAACAUUAGGCUGUCUUUCAAUUUAUACUAUUGCGACGCUAGGAAUCACCAAAUGGAGGACUAAAUUUCGGCAUCAGAUGAACCAGGCUGAUAACGAUGCGAACAAUCGUGCUAUUGACUCAUUAAUUAAUUAUGAAACUGUGAAGUAUUUCAACAAUGAAAGUUUUGAAGCGGAUCGGUAUGAUUUUUUCCUGAAGAAGUAUGAAGUAGCAGCACUGAAGACGAGUACAUCGUUAGCACUUCUGAAUUUUGCACAAAAUGCAAUAUUUAGCGGUGGUCUUGUAGUUGUCAUGUGUUUAGCAGCAGCAGAAAUUCAGAAAGGCAAAAUGAAUGUUGGCGAUCUUGUCCUUGCAAAUACAUUGUUAUUUCAAUUGUCAGUACCAUUAAAUUUCCUUGGUUCAGUGUAUCGGGAAAUAAAACAAGGAUUGGUGGAUAUGCAGUUAAUGUUUUCAUUACUAUGCUUAAAAAGCAAUAUAACUGAGAAACCAAAUGCUCCAACUUUGAAUGUUCAUAUGCGAAAUUCGUCUAUAUCGUUUAAAAAUGUUACAUUUGGCUAUCUACCGGGGCAGUACAUAUUAAAAGGCUUAAAUUUGGAUAUUCCUUCUGGUAAAAAGGUAGCUAUAGUAGGCAGCAGCGGAAGCGGUAAAUCGACAAUUGUUCGACUUUUAUACCGUUUAUUUGAUCCGCAAGAUGGCGAAAUUUGUAUCAACGGUCAAAAAAUUUGUGACGUCAAACUUGAAAGUCUGCGAAAAAUGAUUUCUGUUGUACCUCAGGAUUCAGUUCUUUUCCAUGAUACUGUAUAUUACAACAUACAUUACGGAAAUCCAACUGCGUCUAAAGAAGAGGUUCUCUCUGUUUCGAGACUGGCAAAUUUGCAUGAUUCGGUGAUUCGAUUCAAAAAUGGCUACGAUACAGUUGUUGGCGAAAGAGGUUUAAAAUUAAGUGGAGGUGAAAAACAGCGAGUUGCAAUUGCUCGGGCAUUGUUAAAAAAUGCUCCUAUUAUAGUGUAUGAUGAAGCAACUUCAUCGUUGGAUGCUUUAACGGAAGAAAAUAUUAUGAGUUCUAUGCGAAAUGCCGUGCAGCAGCGCACAUCAUUGUUCAUUGCACAUCGUUUAGCUACGAUUAUCGACGCUGAUAUCAUCUAUGUGCUGGAAAAUGGAAAAGUUGCUGAAAGUGGAUCUCACUUCGAACUACUUGCAAAACCUGCUAGCCGUUAUUCUGAGCUCUGGAAAUCACAACACAAAUAUUCAAAACAACUAACCUCUCAUAAUCAGGGACCAGAACAUUUGCAUCUAGGAUCUUUCGAUAAUCAUCGUGACGAUGGCUGCUGUAGAUCGGGUGGCGGUUGUAAACGUUGA